CUGCGAACGGCGAUACGCGAUGAGGAUUACGAAGAAGCGGCGAGACUGAGAGAUUUGAUCGAUAGCAUAUCCCGAGACGCCGCGCGCGCGGUGCAAGACGCGAACGAGGGUUUUUACAGAGCGUUUCGCGACGCCAGCGUCUCGGCGAUGCGCGCGGUUUGGGCCGAGGGCGCGCACGUGCAGUGUCUCCAUCCCGGUUCCGCCGUCGUCUCCGGCGCGCGCGACGUGUUGGAAUCGUGGGAAAUCAUCUUCGCGAGCAUGCCCGACGGCGGUGCGGACGUGCAGUGCGCCGACGUUCGCGUGCACGCGGGCGACGGUUGGGGGUUCGCCACGUGCGUCGAGCGCGUCUCCGGCGGCGCCUCGCUCGCCGCGACGAACGUCUUCGAGCGUCAGCUCGACGGUUCGUGGCGCAUGGUCUUACACCAGGCG